AUGGCGGGUGCAGUUGCGAUUCCCAUGGGUGCCAACGACAAUAGCGUCCAGACCGAGGGCUCCAAGGUCUACGCGAUCGUCGUGUGCGUCUUCGCGUCCCUCGGCGGUAUCUUCUUCGGCUAUGACCAAGGCGUCACCGGCGGCGUCCUCGUCAUGGACUCGUUCCUGAACGACUUUUGCAUCGGCUACGACGGCAACACGGAGACCGCGUGCAAGGCCAACUCGUCGUUUCUCCCGGACAAUUGGCUCAACUUUACGACGCUCUUCAACGUGCUCUACUACCUGGGUUGCAUCGCCGGCGCGUACGUUGGCGGUGUCGUUGCCGACAAGUUUGGCCGGCGCGCCACCAUCUUCUCGGCCGGUGUCCUCUUCUGCGUCGGCACGCUCAUGCUCGUCCUCACCAACAAGAUGGGCCACACGCUUGCCUUGAUCGCACGCAUCAUUCAGGGCAUGGGUGUCGGCAACUCGUCCUUCUCGCUGCCCAUCUUUGGUGCCGAGAUGGCCCCCAAGGAGCUCCGUGGUAUGCUCUCGGGCUUCAUGCAAAUGUCGAUCGUCACCGGUAUCCUCCUCGCCGGUAUCAUCAACAUCGUCGUCGAGAAGCAGGAGAAGGGCUGGCGCACGACCAACGCCGUCGCGAUGGCCUUCCCCGUCAUCGUCAUGGCUGGUAUCUUUUGCGUGCCCGAGUCGCCUCGCUGGCUGUACAAGGCCAAGGGCCGUGAGGUGGCCGAGACGGAGCUCAAGCGUCUCCGUCGUACUGAGAACGUCGGCGCCGAGCUUCAGGCCAUCGGUGACGCCCUCGAAGAGGAAGGCCACGACUCGGCCACGUGGGCCGACCUCUGGCACCCGUCGAUCCGCCCGCGCCUCAUCAUUGCGAUGCUCCUUCAGCUCCUCCAGCAGGCCACUGGUAUCAACCCCGUCUUUGUGUACGGUGGUCAAAUCUUCAAGGAUGUCGUCGGUGACGGCCUCACGUCGCUCUUGAUCCUUCAGAUCGUCAAUUUUGUGUCGACGAUUCCCGCCAUGUACUGGGUCGACAAGAUCGGUCGCCGCAAGCUCCUCCUCCUCGGUGGUGCCGGCAUGGUCAUCGGGCACUUGGUCUCUGCCAUUGCGUUCUCGGCGGGCUGCGACGGUGAUACCGAUGACUCUGGCUGCUCGACGGGUGCGGGCUGGACCAUGAUUGCUGCCACGGCCUUUUUCAUCUUCAACUUUGCCAUCUCGUGGGGUCCGAUCUGCUGGAUCUACCCGGCCGAGAUCUUCCCCAUGAACGUCCGUGCCAAGGCCGUCUCGGCGUCGACGAUGACCAACUGGUGCAUGGGCUCGCUCAUGAUUGGUAUUCCCAAGCUCUUCCCGUACCUCAACAUCAACGGCGUCUUCUUCCUCUUCACGGCGCUCUGCGCACUUGCCGGUGUCUACGUCUGGUUCAAGUGCCCGGAAACCAAGGGUCUCCUCCUCGAAGACAUCGAGUACUUGUUCGGUGUCAAGAACGGCAAGACGGUCGACGACGUUGUGACGCCUCCCCAGCACUCAAUCUAAGUUGCGCCUUAACUGCACCACAGGAUAUGUACACACAAGAACUGGAAUGGCGAGGACAAUAAUGCUACAACUCUAUAAGCCCAACAACUAAUAAAUUCCAGGCAUCUCUUUACCCUUUCGACGACAA